AAGUGAUUAGUGUAAACAUACCAGAGACCAUUUUCGAGACUUUGCGCCUACCACUCAUGCAGUACUUUGUAAACAUCAAUACGUUGCUGAAGAUUAUGUGCGUGUUGCCGAGCACGGCUCUGGAAUAUUGCGGCAAUGUGAAGCGGCAUGCAAUGUAUCAAGACUACUUGAGCAACACCUCGCCUAAGGAUAGAUCACCGUGGUUAGCCAUGCUUCAGAUGGGCACUGACUUUGACAGAGACCUAGACAGGAUGGUUGCUCGAUGCUUAAAGGUCACACCUAAGACUCUGGAGGGCAUAUGCCUGGACAAAGAAUCCAAAAAUUUAGUGAGAACUGCUGAAAUAAAAACCGAGGAUAACAACCACAAAGAUGGAGCAGAGGACAGGGAAACUCAGCAGGGCAAAGAAUCCAGAACACAAGUAAUGAAUUCUGAAAUUGCAAUGAAAGAAGAAGACAUCCACAAAGAGGCAGUAGAGAGUACAGAGACUCUGCAGCAGUCUGAAAACACUGCUGAAGUUGUGACUGAGGAGCAACACAUAAAUCCUGUUGAAGAGAAGCAGACUGUGGAUAAGAACGGUCAUUCUGUUGAACCAGCAAACAACAUGCAUAACUUUGUAGAAGUCUUCAAACAGGCAGCUAUGCUUGCAAGGAGAAACUGCACAUUGAUUGACCUUAGUAAACAGGAACAAGAUGAUGUGGUUCAGAAGCUUGACUCAUAUCAUUGGGUUCAGGAAGAAGGGAAGUUGUUUUCAGAGGAGGAAAUGCUGCAAAGCAUUGUGAAAGCUAUAAGGGAAACGAUCCUCGCUGAAGUUCAGGACUCCCCUUUCUUUUCCAUCAUCACUGAUAGAGCUAUCUCAGUGGGCGACACAAAGUUCCUACCAGUCUUCAUUAGAUAUGUGAAUGACUGCAUUCCUAAAGUGGAGCUCAUAGGUUUUCUGCCUUUUGAUGAAAGCUCUGAUGUAAAUUUGCAAGCAAAGGCCCUGUCAGCCACUCUUGAGGAUGAAUGGGGACUUCAAAUGGGCUGCUGUCGUGGCCAGUCCAUCAUGUGCAUAGGUACAGGGAGCCAAAGUCUCAGGAAGAUGGCCUUGGACUUUCUGGAGGGCUAUCCAUUAGCUGUGAACACACCUAGUGAGUCUUGUGGACUUGCCUAUUGGCUGGCUUUAAGCCUAAAAUAUACCUCCAUCACAAAGGUUCUAGAGAUAUCUGAAGAUCUUUUACAAUUUUUCGACCAGUCACCCAGACUAGAGAAUGAGCUUGCCAAGACCAUGGAUGGGCUUCUAAAUACCCCACGUGAAGCACUUGCAGAGAUCCCAGAAACCUGUUGGUCCAGAUGGAAGAAGAGAGAAGACUUCUUUGAUAUUCUGGUGGACAUGCUUGAGGGAGCCCUGAAAUGCUUGGAUUCAGUGAGCACCAAUCAGUUGGGGUCAUGGAGUAGCAGCAUGUCACUGCAUGCUCAGACCCUGUCCACAGCUAUCAGGCAGGCUGAUUUUGUAAUCCCCCUUGUGAUUUUAAAGAAUGCCUGUGCUCCCUUGAGGAACUGCAGCACUGUGUUUCGCUGUGGAAACCCUGCUGAUAUUAUUUGCGAGCUUGAGAAGAUUGUGCCAAUAAUAGAUUCUCUAAGCAAGAUGUUGGAAAAUGUGAGUGCAGUGCAUUCUAACUGGUUUGAGGAGGCAGUGGAACUUGCUGCUAAGGUCACAGGAUUGCUUUCAUAUCCAGAAUCUGUCAGUGGCCAUGAGUCUCCAGAAGUGUUCUACAAGGAAACCGUUAGCAUACCAGUUCUAAAUGGUUUAAUUGAAGAAAUGAAGUUUAACUUCUCAGAGAAUCACUUGAAAGCUCUAAAGGUGUUGUCCCUGCUGCCUACCUGUAACCCUCUACCCAUUCUCCCAGAAUCCACAGACAAAUUGCACACCAUCUACUUGAGUGAUCUCCCUGAACCAGAAACAGCUGAGGAAGAUAUUAACAUCUGGGCCACAGUAUGGAGGGAGAAGUACCAAGAUAUUUGUCCUCCCACCUCUAUUUCUGAGACAUUGCUCCACAAUGAAGCCAAAAACCUUCCAAAUGUUGCAACCCUUCUUAAGCUAGUGGCUGUGCUGCCUAGCAUUAGCAUGGAGUGUGAUCUAAUGAAGACCACUCUGAACUCCAUGAGGACUUUACUCAGAGAUGGUAUCUUCAGUAGGGGUUGUAAGACCGAUGCAGUUCUGUUUCUUAUGCAUCGCCAAACACUGCAUAGCCUGGAUGAAGUGAUUGAGAAAUGCAUGGAGAGUGAUCCAGAGAGUCAUCAAUUUCUUGCUCAGGUAAAAGCAAGAGUCAAUCACCUGAGAAUGGAAAGUGAGGUGAUUGUCAUGGCUCCACAACAGAUCACUGUGGAUACAGAUUGUUCUGAUUAUCCACAGGUGGCAAAGGAGGCUGUUAUUGAAGUUAACACUUCUGCUUCAGAGGACAUUUCAAUGGAAACCAAUGGCUCUACUGAUAUUGAAUUGGCCAAAGAAACAUCCAUCAUAAGUAAACCUGACCAGCAGUCAUCUUUAACUCUUGACAGCUCUGAUAAACCCACAACUGCAGUUCAGAUCAUUACUGCUUGCAGCUCACUGGUGACCAGAACACUUGACCAACCAACAGAAUCCAUCCAAGAUGCCACUACACUAUCCAAAAUAGUUGAAGAUAUAACUGGUGAACUGAUGGCAGAUCAAGAUGAAACUGAUAGUUCUGAAGUACUUGAUCAAUGUGGAAUUGGUUUGUCGCUAACAGAAGCUCAAAGUGCAUCUGAACAGUUGAUGGCCAUGGGUCAAUGUAGAACUGUGGAGCCUGAAAUAGAACAGCAAGUUAGAUCUAGUCAGUUAGUAUCAGUCGAACAAAAUGAAACCGAUCAACCCAUGGAAGAUGAUCAGAGUGGAAAUGAAAUGUUUGUAGCUGCAGAUCAAGGUGGAACUGGCCAGGCAGCAGUGGGGGAACAAAGAGUACCUGAUACAUUCAUGGAAGCUGGGCAAGUUAAAACUGAUCAGUCUUUAGUAAAAGAUCAAGAUGAAAGUUGUCACACAGUAACAGGGUUAGCAGAUGAAGGGGGAACUGGUCAGUUGGUAUCAAGUGAUCAAUUUGGAUCUGAUGCGCUUGGGGCAGUUGAACAUGGCAUAAAUGAUCAAGUGGUCUCUGUGGAUCAAGGCGAAAGUGAACAGGACUUUGACGUUGAUGAGAAUGGAGCUGAGCAGUGUGUUGCAGCAGAUCAAGGUGGAACUGAACAGCCAGCAACACAACAUAGUGUAGCUGAGCAGUUAGCAGUUGGUCAAGUUGAAACUGAUAAUUUUGUAGUAGAAGGACAUGCAUUUUUUCAGAUAGUAACAGGUUUAGGAGAUGGAAAAGGAACUGCUCAGUUUGUAACAGGGUCUCAAAUUGGAUCUGAUGAACUUGUGGCAGUUGAUGAAUCAAAAAAGGAUCAGUGUGUUUUAGCAGAUAAGUGUGGAACUAGUCAAUCAGUAACUGGAGAUGAAAGUAUUGCUGAUCAUUUUAUGGUAGUUGGUCAAGUGGAAACUGAACAUUCAGUAGUAGCAGGUCAGGUUGAGGCUGGUCAGACAGAAAUAGCAAAUGAAGAUGCAACUAAACCGUUAGUAUCAGAGGAUCAAAGUGAAUCUGAGCAGCUUGUGGUUGUUGACACUGCAAAUGAUCAGUCUGUAACAGCAGAUAAAAGUGUUACUGAGCAGUUCAUGACAGUUGGUCAAGUUGAAAUUGUUAAUUCUAUAGAAACAGAAACAGGUUUGGCAAAUGUAGGUGCACCUGGUAAAUUGGUAUCAGGGAAUCAAGUUGGAUCUGAUCAACUCAUGGUAGUUGAUGACUCCGGAAAUGAUCAUUCUGUAAUUGCAAAUCAAAAUGGAAUUGUUCAGUCAGUAAAAGGAGACCAGAUUGUAGCUGAUCAAUUUAUGGUAGUUGGUCAAGUUGAAACUGAGCAUUCUGUAGUAAAGAGUCAAGAAAAGGCUGCUCUGACAGAAAUUGGUUUAGCACACGAAUGUGGAACCGGUCAGUUAUUAUCAGGGGAUCAAAGUGGAUCUGAGCACCUCAUGGUAGUUGACUCUGGAAAUGAUCAGUCUGUAACCGCAGAUCAAAGUGAAACCUGUCAGUCAUUAAUAGGAAGUCAACAUGCAUCUCUUAACUUUAUGGCAGUUGGUGAAGUUGACACUGAUCAUUCUAUAGUAGAGGGUCAAAAUGAGAUUGGUCAGACAGAAAUGGGGUCGGCACAUGAGAGUGCAACUAGUCAGUUGGUAUUAGAUGAUCAAAGUGGAUCUGAUCAGCUCAUGGUAGUUGAUGACUCUGAAAAUGACCAGUCUGUAACAGCAGAACAAAAUGGAACUGGUCAGUCAGUAACAGGAGACCAGAUUGUAGCUGAUCAAUUUGUGGUAGUUGGUCAAGUUGAAACUGAUCAUUCUGUAGUAAAGAGUCAAGAAAAUGUUGCUCAGACAGAAAUUGGCUUAGCACACGAAUGUGGAACCGGUCAGUUAUUAUCAGGGGAUCAAAGUGGAUCUGAGCACCUCAUGGUAGUUGACUCUGAUCUGCGGUUACAGACUGAUCAUUUCCAAAGCGAUACCUGUCAGUCAGUAAUAGGAAGUCAACAUGCAUCUCUUAAAUUUAUGGCAGUUGAAGUUGACACUGAUCAUUCUAUAGUAGAGGGUCAAAAUGAGGCUGGUCAUACAGAAAUGGGGUCGGCACAUGAGAGUGCAACUAGACAGUUGGUAUUAGAUGAUCAAAGUGGAUCUGAUCAGCUCAUGGUAGUAGAUGAAUCUGAAAAUGACCAGUCUGUAACAGCAGAACAAAAUGGAACUGGUCAGUCAGUAACAGGAGAUCAAAGUGUACCUGAUCAAUUUGUGGCAGUUGGUCAAGUUGAAACUGAUCGUUCUAUAGUAGAGAUUCAAAACGAAGCGGCUCAGACAGAAACGGAGGUAGCGAAUGGAGGUGGAACCAGUCAGUUGGUAUUAGAUUAUCAAUGUGGAUCCGAUCAACUCAUGGUAGUUGAUGCGUCUGGAAAUGACCAGUCAUUAAUAGAUCAAGUUGCAAAUCAUCAUCACACAGUAGAAGACCUAGGUGAAACUGGUCAGAUACUAUCAGGGGAUCAAAGUGGAACUGAUCAGCCCAUGGCAGAUGAAUGCUUUGAAAAUGAUCAGGCUGUAGUUGAACCUCAAGGCGGAACAAGUCUUUCAGGUACAUGUAAUCAAAGUGUUCCUGAUGAGUUUGUGUCAACUAGUCAGGGUGGAACUGAUCAGAUAGUACCAGGGAAUACAACUGGAAUUGAUCAGUCCAAAACAGAGGAUCAGGCUUGUCCUGACCAGCCUAAAGUAGCUGCAGAAUAUAACACUGAACAGUUCAGUUCAGCAGCUCCAAAUUACCCAGUAACUGCGGCAAUACACACUGACCCAGUUCGGGCCUAUAUUACUGAUCAUUCCACACCUGCUUCACAUGAUAGUACUGAUCAUUCCACAGCACCAGAUUUAGAAGGCACAGACCAGUCUAAAUCAACAGUUCAGGACCGCACAGACAAAGUAGCUACCCUGGAUGGCACUGGUCCUGAAAUACGAGUUCUGACCCUCUAUGAUACCCCUGCCCGAGAGGAAUUAAUCAAAGAACUUUGUGACAUAAAGUUCUUUACCAUAGUGGCUGAGGAAGAGUGUGAAAUUCAUGGCCAAACAUACAUCCCUGUAGGAAUACACUACCUUGACAAACAAGAUGUUCGGUGUGAAAAUAUUUUAGCCCUUAUCCCACUUGUCACAAACAUAGUUUCAUUUGUGGAUACUCUGACCUUUGUUCUCUCUGAGAAGUGGGGGUUAAACUUGACAUUCUGUAGAGGUCAAACCUUGACAAGACCUGGUACCUCCGUCUCUCAGAUGAUACAGGCUUCAGCUUUGCUUUCCCAGAGACUCCCUCAUGCUUUUGGUGUCCUGAACCCUAUAACUCUGAGGGCUUUACUAGCCAGUUCGUCCAUCCUAAGAGAGAUAAUGCAUAGUUUUGAGUGCUUGGAGCAGCUGUUAAUGUGGUUCUCUGAUGAUGUUCAGCGACGGGUAAAUUUAGAGAAAGCUGUUGUACAUUUGUUCCAACAGGAUGAAACGAAGGCCAAUGAACUGAAAGCCAAGCUAAGCAGCAAUCAAUGGGCAAUGAGUCAUGAGAUUCUGGAACUUUCUACAGACAUUCUAGAGGCCAUCUGCCUUUGUUUGAAUGAGAUGAAAGGUAACAAUGACAAUGAGGCAAUCACAUCACAGGCUCAGAGCUUCCUUUCUGCCAUCCAAAACUUUGAUUUCAUCUUGACCGUUGUGAUCAUGAAAAACAUCUCGAGGCUCACCAAAAACCUAUGCCAGAGACUUCAGGGAAAUUCCUAUGAUGUGUAUCAAGCUAUAAACAGUCAGUCUAAUCUACUGUCCUCUCUCCGUGAACUGAAGAACAGUAUUGACUUGCACCAUCAAACCUGGUUUCAAGAGGCAUUUGCAUUAGCUUCAAAGCUGCAGGUCACAAUGCAUCUUUCACUGCAGCCACCCAUGAAUGUGCACUACAGAGAGGAUAUCAGUAAAAGGACCAUUGAGCACUGUAUUGCUGAAGUGGAAGGGCUCUCCCAGGAUAUUCUGUCUGCUCUUCACUGCUUGCAGGUUGUGCCUUAUGUCAUGUCCAGAGUGGAAGGAUGCUGUAAGGACAUUGAGUUUGUCAAGGUUUUCCAGGAUUGCCUACCUGAUCCAGGCUCCCUCAAGAAUGAGCUGCAGAAGUGGAGGGACAGAUGGCAAGGCCCCAUUGCAUCUCACCAACAUCUUCCCGACACUGUUAUUGGCACUCUCAAAACUUCGGACAUCCAAUCUUUUCCCAACAUUUCAACCAUUCUCAGGCUACUGGCAGUCCUGUCCUGUUUCAGCAUGCAGAGUAGUUUCAGACAGGGAAAGAUUAAAUCUGGGCUGUAUCCUCUGUAGUCUUCUUAGCUGCCCCCAAACAAGCUCUCCAUUAGGAUGUCAUACACUGCUGAGUCUUUAGAAAGGCCCACUGUAUUUUCUAAACUGUAGAUCCCAUCUAACUGUAGGUUUCAGUAUGCUUUUUUUAUUUUUUUUUUUAUUACAGAAAUUAAUUAGACUGUGUACACUUUAAUUAUAAUCACUUUAUGGUUUUAUUGAUAUAUUUUUUUUUUCAUUUGGCAUAAGUGGCAUGGAUAAAGAGAACUGCCAAUUGGGACCAAUGUCUUUCCAAAAAAAAAAAAAAGAAAGAAAAGGAUGCCCUUUGGGGGCUUUACUGCUUUGUGCCUUUUCUGCAAAAAAAACAAACAAACCCUACAUAACUCCUUGAAUCGUCAGACAGAAAAGUAUGGAUGGAAAAUGUCCUAAUCUUCAGGAACUUUUACGGACUUAAUCAUGUAAAUCCUCUUAAAUGCAUUGGAUAAAAGAGAAUCAUGUUUUAUCACAUUGAAUUAUGAUGGUUAUGAUGUAUUGUUAAAAUGUCAUCCCAUGGCACAAACUAAAAUUGUCUUUCCCUGUAUCAUGUUACAAUGGUUGAUUUUUAUUUUUUAUUUUUAUUUAGAUGAAUAGAUAUUUCUGUAAACAUUUCUCCCAGAAGCCCUCCUCAAGAAGGAAGCAUUCAUAUAUAUUUGACUAAAAUAAACAAAUAAAAUGAUUUGAUAAGAAGCAGCAUUACCAUUUGAACCUCAAUUGAAAGCUAAUAUAUAUAUUAAAUAAUGUCCACAAGAUGGCAGUGUUGGCCUUCUAUGGUUUGUCAAUGGGGCAGCUACUGGUUGUUCUCGGUGCUUUUUUUUUUAUCUCUCUCUCUCUCUCUCUCUCUCUCUCUCUCUCUCUCUCUCUCUCUCUCUCUAUAUAUAUAUUAUAUAGCUCUACCAUAAGCUCUUUCCCCUAGAUGAUGAGUAAUGCAGCAUAGGAAUAAUUAAUUGACCAUCAGUGAAGUGUUUGUGUUUAUUAUAUUAUUUAUUGUUUUCCUUACUUUCCAACUGAGACAAAGUUGUUAAUGAUUAAUGUGUUCAUUUUUUUGUGUGUUUUUUUUUUUUAGGAGUUCAGGUUUUUUUUAUUAAGAGUUGCUUUGGCUCCCUGUAGCCUGUCGAUGAUUUGUAGCCAUUCUUCAACCCUUGGUUCAUAGACUGGAGAUCCAUCAAAGAAUAUCGUUUUCAGGAACAGAUUUUCAGAUGUUGUUGAAAAACAGUCAGACUCCCAUUUCCAUGUAACCUUGGACCUAUGAUUCACCCUUGGGGGCUUAAGUCUUUGACCUUUAAGGGUAAUUUCUUGUGAGAGUAGCAGUAAAUGUGGUUUGAAAGCACAGGAAAAAAAGCUAUUAACAAAACAAUGCCACAGUAAUUACAUCUACAAAUCAAUCAAGGCCCAGUUUAUUACUUAAUUGGGGCAGGCAGAAUCCAUUGCUUGCAGUCAAGAUAAAGUAAAUGAGUAGCUUUUCUAAACUUCUGAAUCAUGGUGGACAGGGAUAAAAAUGUCUGCUACAUAAAUAAUUGACUUUUGUUUGUAAAAUAGAUUACUUAAAAAAUCAGUAUUAAGGAUCAGCAGCAUGAAUUGCAUUAAAGCAAUCUGUACAAAUACUUUUGCAUACUCUAAUCUUGCUGAUUUGUUGAUUGGAAAGAUUGGUUAGACAGUAGUGUCCCACAUUUAAAUGAUCCAUAUGUCCUUUCAUGGUCUGCAUACAAUCAAGAGGAAUACCCAAUUUAGAUCUAUUUAAAAAACAAUUGCUGGUUUGGUCAAUUGACAAAAAGGUUUUCAUGCUGAGUUGGAUUGUGUGCUGACAAGCCAAAUCCUUGCUUGUCUUUCAUCGACCAAUGCAUUAUGCAUACCACAGUGGUUUUUGAUUCUCACCCCAUUUUUCAGAAGCAAUAAAUUAUUAUUUGUGUGGUCUGCCAGCCAGUGUACUCUAAAGCAAUGUUGCUUCCAACAUUAAUCCAGUUGUUCUUUGCCAUCUUUACAAAUUGUAUUCCCUACAUUUCAAAUGAUUGUCAAAAGGCACAUUGAGGACAAGAGUUGAAACAUGCAGAGUAAAGAGUGCUUGUAUCUUGUUGCUUUCAGCUGCAAAAUGGGCCUCCUAUUGUCAGUUUAUACUGUAAAAUCCAAAGAAAUUGUUGCCCAGGUAAUGUUUUUGGAUUAUAUUAAUACUUUUGAAACAAUGAACGCCUGACCUAUCUUGAGUGAUUGGUGUGUUUGAAUUCUUGUUCCUUUGUCAGCCUUUUCAAGGCUAAGAACAUGAGCCUUAAAAUCCCUGGAGCCAUUAACAGCAGUGGAAAUGCUGAAAUACCCUUUCCUAGUGCAUUUCCUCUUUGUCAUCCAAAAGCACUCACUCUGAAUGUUGUUUCUGUGUGCUCUUCUGGAGCAUCCCCUGCUCUGAUCACACUGGAGAGGGCUCAUGUAUUUUGUCUGUACACCGAAACAGAGCUGCCCUCUCCCUUCUCCCAGAACAAGGGUCUGAUUGUGUCUGCUCAACCCAGUGUGAAAGGUAUCUCUCCAUGUUCUUUCUGCUCUUCCACAGCAAAUGGAUCCAUCUCCUCUGUUGGCUGGCCUGUUUGCAGACAGGAUUUUGCCUGUGUCCUCCAGACUUCUUGCUCUAAGAGACUUUUAUAUAUGGCUCUAACCCACCAUUAGCUUUUGCCACAACCUAAAUGGCUAAUGCAAUGCAGGAUGCUCCAAAU